AUGGCAGUAGCACCGCGGUCUUCCUCGUCAACGCAACGAUGGCCAAAGAUGGUUGAUAAAGUCGUUGGGAGCUUCAAUAUUGAUGGUGAGAUAGGAAGGGGAAGUUUUGCCACUGUCUACAGAGGUCAUCACAAGACAACCAGGGCGCUUGUCGCUAUCAAAUCAGUUAAUCUAUCCAAGCUGAAUAAGAAACUCAAGGAGAACCUUUACACUGAAAUCGAAAUACUCAAAGGCCUACACCAUUCGCACAUUGUUGCUUUGAUCGACUGUCGUGAAUCCGCAACUCAUAUACAUCUUGUCAUGGAAUAUUGUGAACUAGGUGACCUCUCCUACUUCAUCAAGAAGCGGGAAAAACUCGGUGAUCAUGAGGCACUCCGGGAGAUGGCGAGGCGCUACCCUGUGCCGGCUGUGGGUGGACUGCACGAAGUGAUUGUCCGGCACUUCUUAAAGCAACUAGCAAGCGCACUCGAAUUUAUGAGAGCAAGAAAUUACAUACACCGAGAUGUCAAGCCGCAGAACUUACUGAUUCUACCAAGUCCAGUAUUCUUGGCUAAUUCCCGGGGGAGGCCUGUAGCUAUGAAAGGAAUCUCAACCUCCUUAGAGCCUGCAGCUGGCUUAUUGACCUUACCUAUGCUCAAGAUUGCUGAUUUCGGCUUUGCCCGAUCAUUGCCCUCAACUAGUCUCGCGGAGACCUUGUGUGGAUCACCAUUAUACAUGGCCCCUGAAAUCCUAAGAUACGAGAAAUAUGAUGCAAAGGCUGACCUGUGGUCCGUCGGAACUGUGCUGUAUGAGAUGAUGACUGGGAAACCUCCCUUCCGAGCUACUAAUCACGUCGAGCUACUUCGCAGGAUUGAACAAAGCGAGGAUCAUAUCCGCUUCCCAAAAGAUGUCUUGAUAAGUGCAGGUAUUAAAGAUCUAAUCCAGGCAUUAUUGAAAAGAACGCCAAGCACCAGAAUGAGCUUUAGAAAUUUCUUUGCGCAUCCCGUUGUGGUUGAAACUAUUCCAGGACUUGUAGGAGAUGACCAAAAGAUGGAUCUCCAGGUUUCUACCAGAUCCUCAGGAACCUUGUUAUCGCAGACGCCAUCCAUAAAAAGUAAUCAUCAGUUCUCACAAAAUGGGGGCCGCUUCUCUAAUCCUUCUUCUCCCAAGGAUCGUGUGUCCCCUGCUUUUCCCGGGAUGCAUACAGCCGAAAUACAAAAAACAACGGCCUGUAAUUCACCCCGUGCAGCUAUACCAGCGCGUCAUGUCAUUUUGGACCAAAAGCGACCCUCAAUAGUAUCCUCGGUAACGACCCCGAAUAUGAAAAUAAUGCCACUCAAACAUACUCGAAUCAAUACUCAGGAAAUAAUUGGCGAUAAAGCGCAACAACCAGAACAUGCCGAUGAUCCUAGUCUGGGUGAAGCUAGGGCAGAAGCAGAACAAGCUGUGCGCGACGCAAGGGAGUAUGUUCUUGUGGAAAAGCGAGCUGUCGAAGUCAAUGCCUUCGCCGACGAGAUGGCAGCAAAUCCUCGAUUACAAGGCACAAAAUACCCCUUGGCAUCAAAGACGGGAAUAAUGGCCCGGCGCGCCACUACUCAAGGAGUGCCUACAGCGGAUAUAGAAAAUGGACCAGUAUCACCGACACGCCAAUGCAAGAUAUCUGAUGGUAGAUUAAAGGCAGAAGCUGUAUUACAUCGGCAAAAUUCACACAGGAAAUCAUACGGCAGCCCAUCUGUGACAUCUGCAAUCUCUAGAGCUCUUAAUAGUGCCAGUUUAAGAGUUUUUGGCGUUUCUUAUCCAGAUAUUGGUACGAAGGGUGGAUCGCCACCUAAUUUUUACAACCACACAUACCCAACAAGCACAACUUCACCUAGUGCCCUCGCACUAAUCGGAGAUGGGAGCACCAAUAGAACUCUCGAUGAGGACUAUAAAUUUCUUAUUGAAAUAGAGGAAGCAGCCACUCGUAGUGAUGUUGUUUUUGGCUUUGCAGAAGUCAAGUACAAACAGCUCAUUCCUCUAGCGCCUUCGGUGGAUCGUGGACUCGGUGGCCUAGAUGCUGUUAGCAAUGAUGGAUUAUCGGCUUUAGAGGACGAAGGUCUUACGCAAGAAGCAGUUGUGGCCCUCUCGGAGGAAGCUCUUCUGCUCUAUAUCAAAGCCCUUUCCCUGCUUGCAAAGUCAAUGGACAUAGCUAGGGCAUGGUGGACUCGAAAAUCCCGAAACUAUUCUCUACAAAGUUAUGCAAUUAUCCGUAAUGAGCCAUACAGCCAUACAUUAGUCGGAACUCGCAUUAACCUCGCUGUUCAAUGGGUGCGAAAUCGGUUUAACGAGGUCUUUGAGAAGGCAGAGUUAAUUAGCCUUAAACUUCUUCAUGCCCAAAAGCAGCUUCCGGAAACACACCCUGCUUACCUAAAUCAUACUUCUAUGGGUUCUGCUAAUGUUAAUUGUAAUGUUAUUUUCACUUCUGGAAUCACCGCUGAAAAGUUAAUGUACGACCGUGCAAUAGACAUGAGUCGCAGCGCCGCUAUCAAUGAACUAGCCAACGAAGAUAUCGAUGGUUGCGAGCGAAGCUAUAUGACUGCUAUCAAAAUGCUCGAGGCCGUGCUAGAAAAUGAUGAAAACUCUUCUGAAGUAGCUAAGACUAGAUUCUACGGCGCAAAAGAAGAAAAUGUCGAAAAGCAUGAUGAUCUCAUGAAUGGGAUUGAUUUCGCCGAUCGUCAGGCUGUUUUAAAAGUAAUAUCUAUGAUCAAAGUUCGUCUUGGCAAUUUACACAAGAAGAAAAACUUAAUAGCCAAACACUCAAUGUCCCCCCGUCCAGACUAG